AGGCGUUCUGGCUCUUGGAUUCCGCCCUUGUCCAUUUACCAAUCUGGCACUCUUUGCUUACUUACGUGUUGCACCACCCCGACGUACAUCGCGAUGGCGUGGCGCGCGGCGGUGCUCAUCCCGACUUGCUCUGCCAUCUCGUUUACCCGCCUGGCGCCCGAGCGCGAGGUCGGCGCGGAGGCGGGCAGUGACACUGUGGUGGACCUCGACAAGAAUGCGAUCGACGACGUCGUCGGGUCAGAGCGUCGCCAGCCGCUCCUCAGCGAUUACGUGGCCGAGGCGAACGUCACUGAAAGCGAGGAGUCCGCGGAGGCUCAAAUCGCCGCUUGGGAGGCGCAGCGCGAGGCCAGCGAGGAUUUCGAGCAGGCGAACGCUACCGCUCCAGAGCAGCAGCAGCCGGUCGCCAGGCUGAAGGCGCUGCAGGAAGACAUGGCGAAGGAUGACGCGAAGGAGUGCGAGGAGGUGGAGCCGGAAUCCGCGUGCCGCGACGCCGUGGAUUGGCUCCGCCAGUUCGGGUUCUCGAGGCACCCCGAGUGGUAUCCGGGCUACGGCACCGAGUCCACCUUCGAGGAGGUGCAGGGGAUGCUCCACGGCCUCGGCAAGGCGGGCUGCCCCAAGCCCUGCCUUGGCGCGGCGCGGGCGAAGAAGGCGCUCGCUUGCCAGGAUGUGGUCGAAGGCGCGUGCCACGACGCGGUCACGUGGCUCACGAACUCCGGCCUCGAGCGGCACCCCGACUGGUAUCCUGGCCUCAGGGUCGAUUCCAGCGCGUCCGAGAUCCAAGCGGAGCUGUUCCGCCUGGGCAAGGCCAACUGUCCCGCGCCCUGCGACCUCGUCAAAAAGGAGCGCGCUGCGGUUGCGGCCCGGCGAGCCGAAGCCAAGACUCGGUCGGUGCAGAGCGCGGGGACGGAGCAGUGCAUGGACGCUGAGCCGGACACCACGUGCUACACCGCGGUGACCUACGCCAUGAACGAGGGAAUCAGCAAGCACCCCAGCAUGUACGAGGGCCUCCGGACCGCAUCCAGCUUCAAAAAGGUCCAAGAGCACCUGUACCUCAACAACAUGUCCAGCUGCGCGAUGCCCUGCCCCGACGUCGAUGUGGACAUCAGCGCCUUCAGCCGCCCGGAGGAUCUCUUGGUGCUGCUCCUCCUCUUGCUCCCGCUCCUCCUUAGGGAGAAGUGGGAGCUGUCCUCCCUGGAGCAUUGGAGGAGCGAGGGGGAGGACGACGAGGAUGAGGAGGACAGGCUUGUCCUCCUCAUCCUCAUCCUCCUCUCCCUCCUCCACUGCCCUUCCUCCCUCUCUCCUCCCCGAGGAUCUCCGCGUGCAGAAGAGGGUCGAAGACAUGAGCGUGAAGGAGCUGGGCGACUUCUUCAGCGGCAAGUGGGACGGGAAGGUGGCCAGGAUCGUCCACGGGGACUGGCAGCCCACCACGACGUUCCAGAAGCGCCAGUACGAGCCGACAACCACGCUGCCGAUUGAGCAGCAGCCCCUGCCGGAGGUCGACGACGACAGCCAGGAUGUCACAGGGAUGCCGUCGACCACCGCCGCCGAGCUCGAGCCAGCCGCCGCGGACGAGGAGAUCACUGCUGCCAGUGCCGCCGAGCCCGCCGUGCUUGAGCCCACCUCGAACGAGACCGCGGAGGUGGCCAAUGCCACCGAGCCCGAGGCGGCGGCCGCCGAGCCCGAGGCGGUGGCCAGUGCCACUGAGCCCGAGGAGGCUGCCACCGGCACUACGGAGGCUGCCAAUGUCUCCACGGAGGUGGCGCAGGAUGGUGACAUUGUUGGCGAAGCCACGCCGGAGAUCGCUGCCAACGCCUCCACAGAACUUGCACAGGAUGGUGAAGUCGUGGACGAAGAAGCCCCAAUGGUUGACAAUGACGGCCAUGACGAGGGGAUGAGCUCGUUCGAGGAGCCGAAGCAGGAGACGCGCGAGGAGAUCGAGCAAAGGAUCCGGAAGCAGCUCAUGGAGGAGAUGCGCAUUGAGACGACGACGGUCGCAGCGCGUCAAGAGACCGAGGAAGAGAUGAGGCAGAGGAUCAAGGAUGAGCUCAUGCGCGAGCUCACGCAGAGCAAGGGCCAGUGAGAAGCUUGUGCCGAAUCUUGUCCAGGCCCAUUCCCUCUCCUAUCCGACGCUCUCCUCUGGCAAGGCUUUUCCGAUCGGAGUGGCCUUACUGUAAUCUCCCCCUUCCGCCGGGCUCAGACGCAAGCGCUCCUACCGAGCUCAGGCGCAGAGGCCUCCCCGCUAGGAACGGUCUCGUCUUGCUGCGUAUAGUUGUACCUCCUCCUCUUCGAUUCCUCGUCCUGCUCUUCCUCGGCGACAUCGUCCUCUGCCUCCUCAUCCUUCUUGUCAUCAUCCUUACCCUCUCCUCCUCUUCUUCCUCCUCCUCCACCUCCUCCUCCGUCUCCUCCUCCCGCGCACCCAGUGGGCGCUCACAGGAGUCACCACGAGCAUCGAUCAC